AUGACAACUCAUUUUGAAGCCAUCCCCUUGGCCAAGUUAGCCACUGAUGUGCCAAGUUUGUACUUGAGCUUUACUCCUAAUUCUCACAGGUCUGAAGAACCACCUUUGUCUGUUCUGCACAUUCAAUAUCCUGAAUGGCCAGAUCAUGGAGUUCCUAAAGACACGUUUUCUGUUCGUGAAAUUUUGAAAAGAAUAUAUGGGUUACCACCCAGUCUUGGACCUAUAGUGGUGCACUGCAGUGCUGGUAUUGGUAGAACUGGAACAUAUUGCACGAUUCAUAAUACCAUUCAAAGGGUCCUUGCUGGAGAUAUGUCUGCUUUGGAUCUUGUUAAUACCAUAACCCUUUUUAGGUCGCAGCGAAUUGGAAUGGUUCAAACACUGGAGCAAUAUUUCUUCUGUUAUGCCGCCAUUAUAGAUGAACUGGAGGACCUUAUCUCAGACCACAACAAUCAAACGGGCUCAGCACUCUAA